UUCGAACGAGACUUGGAGUUCUCGCACCUUGCGCGGAGUUUUUCGCUACUAUGUGUCUGUUUUGCCUGCUUUGUAAUCCAUUUUGAGAUCGGGAAGUUUGUAUUUGUGGUUUUGGAGAUGAUUUGAAUAGUGUAACAACACUGAUAAAAGUUAUUUAAUCCACAUAUAGCCAUAACUCAAGGUCAAAGUACACAAAAUGGCGGCGGAGGCCCAAAUUGACUGGACAAUGGUGAUAAACACGGAUUUUCACGGCAUCCAGAGGUGAGGUGAACCCUAUUAUGGCACAGACUUAGCCUUUUGGGUUCUAGGAAAGGUGAUGGCUGAAAUGGAUGUAUUGAAACUGACAAUUUAACGUGUUUUUGUAUCUGUCAAAACUGGAUGUCAGAAUCUACAUUUGCAUGUCGGUUCCCACCUCACCAGGGUGGUUUAGAUAUGUGUUCUCUGUGCGAGAUUGGGUCAUAUUUGAUUCCAUCGAACGCGAAAUGCUAUGAUUUCAGCUUCGAUGGAACCCAAUUCUAGAAACUAUGGACCUCGUGGAAGGGAAGAAAAUGAUAACAGUCCUUUGUGGACUGCCAUCUUUGACUAUGAGGCCACUAGAGAAGAUGAGUUGACACUAAAGAGAGGGGUGCAGGUGGAAGUGUUAUCCACUGAUGCCCGAUAUUCAGGAGAUGAUGGUUGGUGGAUUGGGAAAGUUCAAGAAAAUGUUGGGAUUUUCCCCAGUAACUUUGUCACCAAAGAAGCAGACAACUGUGCCCUUGUACCUCAUAACAAACUAUCUGACAGACCCUUUGAAAUCAACUUCUCAGAAUUACAGUUAGAAGAAGUGAUAGGUGUUGGUGGUUUCGGAAAAGUUUAUCGUGGAAUAUGGAAGGAAGAAACUGUUGCUGUCAAGGCUGCGAGGCAAGAUCCAGACGAGCCUGUCAUCGACGAUGUUCGAAAGGAAGCCAAAUUGUUCUGGCUCCUAAAUCACCCCAAUAUUGCAGCAUUGAGAGGGGUGUGUCUCAAGGAGCCGAACCUGUGUCUUGUUAUGGAAUAUGCAGCAGGUGGAUCACUUAACAGAGUGUUAAAUGGAAGACGGAUACCUCCAGAUAUAUUAGUCGAUUGGGCAUUUCAGAUAGCCAAAGGAAUGCAUUAUUUACACGAGGAAGCACCGCUACCAUUGAUACACAGAGAUCUCAAGUCAAGCAACAUCUUACUGAAGGAGACCAUCAACGUGGAUGACCUGUCCAACAAGACGCUCAAGAUCACCGACUUUGGUUUGGCUCGGGAGGUGGACAAGACAACAAGGAUGAGUGCGGCAGGAACGUAUGCCUGGAUGGCACCAGAAGUCAUCAAGUCAUCGCGCUUUUCAAAGUUCAGUGAUGUGUGGAGCUAUGGAGUGGUGCUAUGGGAACUGCUGACUGGGGAGACCCCAUACAAGGGCAUUGAUGCACUGGGUGUGGCAUAUGGUGUGGCUGUCAACAAGCUCACCCUGCCUAUCCCAAGCACCUGCCCAAAUCUCUUUGCUGACCUCAUGGCAGAUUGUUGGCAUCAGGAGCCCCAUGAACGACCCACAUUCCAGGCCAUCUUGCAGCGCCUGGAGGAGAUCGCCAAGUCUUCCUUCAUGAACACCCCUCAGGAGUCCUUCCACACCAUGCAGGAGGACUGGAGGCAGGAGAUCGAGCAGAUGUUUGAUGAACUACGCAGCAGGGAGAAGGAGUUGAGGUCGAGGGAGGAGGAGCUGACGAAGGCAGCACUGCAACAGAAGAUUCAGGAGGAGCUGCUCAAGAAGAGGGAACAGGAACUGGCAGAGCGAGAAAUCGACCUGCUGGAACGGGAGUUAAACAUCCUCAUCCUGCAACAGGUCAUGAACAAACCAACGCCUGUCAAGAGGCAUCGGAAAACACGGUCAAAGCUCAAGUCUAGUGGAGGCAGGAUCAUUAGUGAACCGUCAGGUUUUCGGCACAACAUCACUGUCCAGAAGGAGGGCCUGGUACAAGAGAAGCGAGGGAUGUAUGGUCCAAGCAGUCCAGACAGCCCGCCUGCCUCCCCAGCUCAUGUUUUUCCCGUCUCCGGCACCAGACUCAGGGCUAUAGCAUAUCCUGUGGAUGGUGUGAAGGGGAAGACAUGGGGACCAAGCUCAGUACAGAAGGACCGGCACCAGCGCUCUUCCAUUAUUUUCGCUGAUGGCCGGUGGUCCAAGAGUGCUCCCAAUUUGGAGAAGAGUCUCCGGGCUCUUGGUGGUGGACAUUCCAACAUAGGGGCCUUGAGUGAACUUUAUGAUGAAGAAGAUGAGUGGCCAGAUUUUUCCAAUGAGCAACGAUACAAAAACAUUCCACAGUCUCCAAACAGUGUCCCGGAGUCGUCGAACACUCUAAAGCGUAAUGCUGUGAAAAAGAAAAGUGACAGUUUUCUGUUAAAUGCAGCUGUUAUACUAGCUGCAGUGGCAACUGGUUUUGAUAUUAGGAUCUCAAACACCUCAGCUAUUCACCCUAAUCUUCACGGUCCUACGGAGGACGAGAGAAAUGUGAAGAAAAGGGACUCCUUCAUUCUCAACAGAAGAGAUGCAUAUUUAGGGGCUGUGCGUGACUCUUUUAUCGAGCCUGAAGGCAUGUUUGGGAACCACCCUUACACAAAUGCUUCAGGUUACCGCCAUACAUAUCAUGGUGUGCAGGUACGGCAGAGACCAAGUGUUCAGAAUAAUGAAAAUUUUGAUAGGCCGAUACAUUUCACAGAGCAGGAUGGGGAUAGUCCGGACUCGCAGACUACAAGCACAAUAGGAUCAAAAUCGUCUCCGCACCGGUUGUCUUAUGCAGAUAGUGAUAGCACAGGGGUGUCUGCAACGCCGUCACAAGUUGAUCGCAGCAUUAUGUAUCAGAGGCAGAUCUCAGAUGGCAGUACAUACGAAUCAAGUCGGGCAUCUCAAACCCCGCAAAGACGGUCAGUAACUUUUGAGGAUGAUUUCACCCCGGACAAGCAUGUGGCUACUUACACACACAAACGAACUCCUUCAAAUACCUCAAACACUUCCAAUACGCCACUGGACUAUGAACCACGUUCUACUAAGUAUAAUCCUGACAAGCGACCGGCAGACAGCCAGAAAGGCCAGCCAGUUCCUCCACGUCGCAAGCCCAGUGGUGAUGCACCUCAGAGACCCACCACACUCGAAGUGGGAUCCACCUUUCGUUCUACAUCUCAGCAGCAAACCUCUGCAAUGAAGUACGCCUCCCCCGUCAAUACGGGAGGCAGCCGAGAUUCCCCGCGAGUGUGGGUCACCCCCUCUGAGACUGCCCCCGACAAUGGCUUCUACUCAACCCGCUCCCGCCUGUCACCGGGGAACACACCCCCUCUCAUCCGUCAUCAGAAAACCCUCCUAGACAUUGACAUGGAGGGACAGAGUCAGGACAAGCGGGAAGCGCUUGUUAAACCCAAACCUCUCAGUACAAAACCCACUAUCAGAGACCUAGAGAAAGAAUUUGUCUGGAAAUGAUGCACAAGAUUUUUUAGGCUUUAAGAAAUGUCAGUCUGCAGUAAAUUUAAGUUGUCCAUACUUCUAUUGCCAUACACUCUUUCAGGACUAUUUCUAUGCCAGUUAGUUUCAUCACUGAUUUCUGUUGAUAUUUCAGUAAACAUGCAUUGGUAAUUCUCUUUCUUCAUUGUGAAAUAAAUAAGCCAGUGCGUAUCAUUAUCCUGAUUAUCUUGCUAAAUGAUGUUUCAUAUCCAACCACACUAUAAAUAACGAAGGUAUACAUGAGGUUUUCCAGCUGUGUAAAUGUGGUCCAUGUUCUGUAUUACUCUAGGGUAUUAAGCAUAUUAACUUGAGCAAAUAAGAGGUGUUAUCCUCUUUUUUCGAAGAUUUGCCAAGCAUGUAAAUCUCACCUUACAAGUGCUAUUUGUUUCUGAGAGGUGUACGUUGAUAUUACACACUAUAUCAUAUUACAAUAUAUGUCGUGUCCAAGCUGAACUGGGCCUGUUCGUGAUGUCCCUUUUCUGUGUUGAUUUUAGAUUAGUGUCUCAAGUCUACUAUUCCUUGUGUAAUCAGAAUCGUUUGUAACAAUAUACCCAUUACGUUUGUCAUCUCAUAGUCCUUCUCUAAAGUGAACAAAAAAAAUCCUUUGUACGUGUUUCUACUUUCCUAUGGUGUUCCCCAUCUUGAUCGUCAUGACCGAUAUGCAUUUAUACAUGUAGGAGUGUACUUGUCUACUAAUUUAUAUAUUCUGGUAGUUUUCUUGAGUCAAUUGUAAGCCUUUGAUUUUAACCGGGAAAUCUAUUUAUGAAAUAUUUAUAUAAUGCACAACAAGAGUACAAGUUGCACAGUUACAAAGAAUCCACAAUUGUCACUGUUUGAUUGUGAUACUAGAUAGUCACAGGCUUACAGUUAACUUACCAGUAGAAAUAUGUGCAAUACUCCUAAACAGUGUUGUGCAUUCGAUUGAACCAAACGAUGUAUGUUUUGAGAACACGACAUAAAACUGAGAUAAGUCCUUUCCUUAUUUAAGUGAAGUAUGCUGCAUCUCAGACCCCCUGGGUGUGUAUAUUCAUUGUAUAUCCACAUAGAUUAUGCAAAAAAUCAAAUGAAUCUCUUCUUGUGUAUAUAGAUGUAACAUAUGCUAUUAUAGUCUCAACAUGCUGCAUUUAUGUGUAAGCUGAUCCCUGAGUUGAUAUAUAUGCAAAAACUAUCAUGAGCCUGAAAGUACAAAAUCUGAGUGACCGGCCCAUGUUAUAUCACUGACUGUGUGGGAUGUUCUCAAGGCAGUGCCGGGAAUUGACCUCUUAUAGCUAGCUAUGUCAUCAGUCAUUUAAACAACAGACAGGAGUAAAAGUAACUUGCAAUUUGCUAUUAUUCAGAUCAGUAGCAAAUUAUUUUUCUACUCAUAUGGAAUUAUUUAUAAAUUAUUAUACUUAUUUUUAGACAGAAAAUUUCUGAAGAAAGUUACAAUGAAAGCAAAAUAAAAUUAAGUGUAAAUUAUUAUUUUCUUAGCAUAACUUUUUAAAAAUAAGGUUAGUAAGAUUAAACAUUGAUUUGUUGUAUUUUUAUGAAAAUUAUAUUAGAUUGUAUAUUAUUUUUGUUUGUAAGACUUGUAAUGUAGGACUGUAUCCUUUUUAUCCUAAACCUGGUCCUCACUAUGAGAACAGCUACACAGAUCUGUGAGAUGCAAUGCAGACAAAAACACUGUUGAAGACUUACACAUGUACGGCAGCUAUACUCACUCCCAUCUGGUCAAGAUGGUUUACAUAAUAUAUACGAAAAUAAAUAACUAUAUACUCUCCCUUCUUGAGCAGGGCAAGAGAGGAUGAUAGUACUGUGCUGUGAUGGAAGUUGGUGGCAAAUAAGACAGUAGAUGUUGAUGACUUUUCAGUUGGUGAUAAGUAGACAAGGAGCAAGUCUAGAAGCAGGAAAAUGGUUUUGCCUGAUCUAUUUUCAGCUGUGAUCAUCAAUUUGUGCCUUGUAGGUGGCACAACAUUAGUCUGUGCUUGUGCACACAGUGAUUUUAUUAGCGUUGAUCAAGUGGUUUUAUUAUUGUACAUAUCACGGCCGCAGAAUUGGACUUCAGAUAGUAAAUAUUACCUUUGUAACCAAAGAAAUCCCAUCUUUAAUCCUUUCUGUCUGAAAUAGAAGAUUUUGUGAGGAUUCGAUAUUAAUCUGUUAAAAAUUGAUCUCGAAAAGGACAUAAUCACUUCUAAUGUAAAUCAUACAUUAUAUUUUGUUUACACACUGAAAAUAAUCUAAUUUUUGCAAAGUGAUAGAGACUAUUUUUUAAUUGCUUGUCAAAUUCAUCUCAAGCCAAAGGUCAAAGCAAGUACUGCUGCAUUAAGCUAGUAGCUUAAUAACUGUAUAGAAAGAAACUCAUUUUGUACAUUUAUGGAAAAUAUAAUAUUAUAUUUAAUUAUAGAGUAGCAAAACAGCAGUAGCAGCAACCAAAAAUAUAUUCACAUAUCUAGAUAUUUAAUAUGCUGACACAUUUUUGUGUAUGUCCAAAAUCAACCAAGUAUAGUAGCAUCUAUGCUUGCAGUUGGCUUCUACUUCCAUGUGAAUAUUGUCAGGUAGAUUUUAUACAAUCAAACUUAAGUCUUUGAAAGCUGGCAUUAAUGCAGUACCCGGUUUCCAGAAGCUGUUGGUACUGUUCUAACACCAUGAUGAAUAGGUUCCUAUGUACAGUGAGAGUGUAGAAAGUUUAUAGCAUUUGUCAGGGAUAUUCAUGAUGGACAUGUCUCUCAUUGUGAGCUACACUUUGUAGAGCUGAGGUUUCUGUGUUUGUAGGCAAGGCACAGCCAGGACCCAAGACAGUAAUUAAAGGAUGGAGACAUUUGUUGAAAGGAAAUUAGGUAGACUGUAAAAACAGGGUGUGGUUAAGUUUGUAAUUUUCUUGCAGUUGUAAGGAAACCCUUGUAAAUUGUACGAAAAUACAUUGUGAAGGAAUUCAAAUUUCUAGCUGUAAUUUGUAGGUUUAGGUGGUGAGUCAGUGAUUUAAAGUGAUGAAAUCAUUUUAAAUAAUUUUGAACAUUAUGAUAUGGCACUUUCAAAUGUGUCUUUUUAGAUGAACAAGAGCAGAUAAAUACUAUUUUCUGACAACUGUCUAUAUACAGUGUCCAUCUGAGGAGUCUGCAUACAUAUUUCAUUGAGUAAAGGUUCCAGUAUCAUGGCCCUGUUUCACAAAGCUAUCGUAGCACGAAGACUAUCAUCACUCCUAUAGAUCAGCAUAGACUUACGACCAUUGUUAUGCUACGAUUGUUUUUUGAAAUGGGACUCAGGCCUCUGUUAAUGUUGUAAUCAAUGUGAUUGGAUUUGUUGAAUCUGGUAUAGUGUGAAUAUUUGCAACAUAUCUUUUGUUAUUUUACUGUUGUUAACAUAUCACAUCAUAACAGCUAGAAGUGUGUUCUUAACAGAUUUUAACUUGAGAAUUUACAUGCACUUUUGAAGAUUUUAACUCAUGUGAUAGCUAGGCCUGAAGUAGUGGGAACAUUUAUCUUCAUAACGUGUUUACCUUACAAAAACAUUAAAGUUGAAUCUUUAGAUAAUUUUUAUUCAAACUCAAAAUAUAAAGAAAACUAUGUCUUUGUACAGAAAUAUAAGAAGUUACCAUCAGCUCAAAAUGUGAUGAAUGUUAGUCAAAUGCUGGUUAUGUUGAACAAAGUCGUAUUCCCGGUACUAUAUUCUCUGACAGUGGAAAUAGACAGUUGGUUUGUACUGAUCAUGUGAACAAGAAAGACAUUACAUUAUGACAUUAUAUUGCUCCCCUGGUGAUUGUUAUGUUUGAGUUGACUGUAUGUCUUUUUUUAUCUCUGCUUGCCAUAGACCUGAGUGAUCUGAAAGGAAGUCGUACUUCCUCAGAACCUCUGUGCUGUUUGGUAUGGGGUGUUCUCUUGUCUUGGCAUGUAGAGGCGUUGGGUACAGUGCUCUCUUCACAGCUUUGUUUCUUCAGAUCAUGUGCCAUCUUUGGGAGAUCCCUUCACUCACUAGGGUAUUUGGCAAUGACCCACUAGCUCCAGCCAUUUUGGCUCAUGUUGAUAGGACGAGAGGAAUUUCAAAGAUUAUGGAGGAGUGGUUGUUUGUUGGUAUUGUUUUAGUUGAGUAAAAUUUCAACUUCGCUGCUUUACCAUUUUCAGACAUGGCAUUACAUACAAUCCAAAUUUGUUGCAUUUAAUUUUACAAAAAAAUGACAGAAACUAAGAUUUCAUAUAUUAUUAGGAUUUAUGUUUUCCAGAAUUUUGAAAUUGUUGAUUGAAGUUAUGGACAAUAUUAAUUUCAACUGUAGAAAGGGAUCUCCAGCCAAGUCAUACUCAUUAUCAUUUUGGUGCCUGUUCAAUGGCAAAUUGUCCUGAAGUGUUCUUGUGUGGAGAGCUACUGUACCCAACGCAGCGAGAAACCGUCACUUGCUACAUGGUCACAGCUACUAGGUUCUCACUCUGUAGAGAAGGAGUGACCCAGAUGUGUUAGCAUGCAAUGUAUGUGACAGAGAGAUGUACAUUUUCUAUUACGCUCAAGUAUAGCUCUUUUUGUACUUAACACACUGGUUGGUUGAAACUGACGAUGUCAAACUCCACAGUUUGAUAAUACUUCCCCUUUUGAAUAUGAACCCACCGAAGGGAGAAGAAUUGCGCUGGUCGCAUGAUCUCACCUGGUUUUGGUGGAAUAACUUUUAUUGUAUUUUAGUCCUUAUCGAGCUUCUAUUGGCCAAUUACAUGAUCAGCCAAAAGCAUGUUUACAUUUCCAGAUGCAAAUUUGUGAGUUAAUGUCUGUCAGUCCUUAGUUGUGUUAUGUUAAUUUCUCCAAAUUGUCUUGAUGUUGUGCAUACUUAUAUCUUGCCAAAAUGUUAAGUAUGUCUUCCUUACAACUACUGCAAAGAAAUUUAUUUCAGCCAACCAAAGAAUGUAAAUGGCAAAUGUACUAACAUUAUCAUUGUUUUUAGGUGUAUUUUAAUUAUUGCUGUAACACUUUCAGUUCUUUCUAUUUGGUUUGUACAGUAACUCUGUAAUCAGUAGGUUGGUACUUGUAGAGAAAUGUUUCUGUAUUCAUCUGAUCCAUUUCUGUUGAUUAGCUUCCAUGAGUACAGUAUUUGUCAGUAUAUUGGGUAAAGAGUCUUAACUGAUUUGAGACUUACAAUACUCCGGAAGAUGUGUCCAGGGUUUAAGAAAAUAUCAUCAAUAGAAACUGUCUGUAACCAUGGGAACCUCUUCUGUACCAUAGAGGCUAUUGCAGAGUCAUUAAUUCUGUAUCAUUCACAAUAAAAUCACAGCAUUUAACACAAAAUAUGGGAUUUGAUAAUGAUUAAUUUAGGAGUAAGCUAAGUUCACCAUGCACACAUAUUAAUAUUUUAAUUAUGGAAGCAUACUAAUCAUGCACAUAAAUAAAAUAAAUCAGUCAUUUGGUGUAAUGGAUUCAACUGAUUGGCAUAUUUUUAGCAAACCUGGAUUUUUUCCUGAAAUUUCUUUACUCACCUUUUUCUUUUUAAUUGUGAUAACAUGCAUCCUUCAAAAAAAAAAUUAAAGCACCUGCCAACUCUACUUCACCAAUCGAAAUACGUUGGUUUUGUUCAUUUACUAACUUGAGAUUUCACUGUGGUGUGAACUAUUUCAUAGGUAAUACAGUUUAUUUCUUGAAACUUUACUAUGAGGGUGUCUACUUCCACGCCAUCCCCAUGUUUGUCGGCCAAUAAUUCCCUCUAUGGUGUAGUGGUGUAACCAUGGAUACGAACCAAGCAAUGAACAGCCUAUGCCUUAACUGACCUCCAUCAGUAUGUCAGUACCAAGUGCCUUGAAACCAUUCUAGCAUUCUUCAUAUCAUCAACAGCAUAGUUUUAUAUUCAACUGUAAAAAGCUUUUUCAUAUACACUAUAAUAUACCUCAGAGUAAGUGUGAGUAUUAUCCCAUUUGUGUAUCAUGCUAGAUCCCCCCAAUGCUAUCCUGUAGGAGAGACUAGACUGCUGCUGUAUCCCAGCCCUUGUUGCCACCACCACUGCUGUUUGCACACCUCCGUCAUGGUAAGCUCCUGCUGUGUAUUACCACACAUUUAACUUAUCUCUUCAUGAAAUUGUUCACAGUACUUUGCUGUAAGAAUGGUCCUGGCUGAAACUGGCUACCUGAUCAAAUACAGCCAACUCCCAAGUGUACGAUUGUAUUAAGAACUAUAUUUACCACAAUAUAUUUUAUGUAUGUGGAGCAUGGGAAUUUGUACAGAAAAAAAUUGAAAUAAAUAACUAUUUGAGCAAUG